UGUUGGAGUACUCCCACUUGUUAGACCUGGCUGAUGAAUGUGAGGAUCCCUACAUGCGGAUGGUCUAUGCUACAUCAUGGGCAAUAUCUGUGUACUAUGCCUAUCAACGAACCUGGAAACCCUUCAAUCCCAUCCUUGGUGAGACUUAUGAAAUGGUUAAUCAUGGUGGCAUUACAUUCCUUGCAGAGCAGGUGAGUCAUCAUCCUCCAAUGAGCGUGGGGCAUGCAGAAAAUGAUCAUUUUACCUAUGACGUGACAUCCAAGUUAAAGACCAAAUUUCUGGGAAACUCUGUGGAUGUGAUUCGGUCCUUCUAAAUGCACAUUAG